UUUUUCUUUUCAGCCCUUUCCAACGACCGGAGAUAUGUCCUCUUGCCCCGUCCGAGAACCCCCCUCUCGCGUUUCCGUUGGAGAGGUGGGGCAACCGGCAACCGGUAUAAAAACCAAGCGGCUCGUAGGAGACCUUGAAAGUCGUCCCUUGCUCUUCAAGUCCCGACGCUUUUCUGCCAUUCGUUGUCUCGAGACCGGGAGUACCGGCUGUAAACAAAGGCGCCAUGAAACUGUUGCUGGUCGCAGCCGCGCUGGUUGGACUUUCCGCCGCGCAAAUCGUCGAGCGCCGCGUGAUCAAGAACCCCGACGGUUCGACCACACACAUGGAGAGCAGCUCCUGGGGCCACAGCUCGUUCAACCAGGAGUCUUCGGACACCGAUGGCAUUAUCAGUGGACGUAGCGGUUACGCGGACACCUCGGGCGUGAACUACGACCGCCACUACACCGUGGACCGCAAUGGACAGCGCCGCCUCGUCGACCCCAAGGAGAGCAAGCUGAAGGGCCCACCCCCAUCUUUCCCCAUGCCCCAAGGCGGCUUCGGAGCCGGAGCUGGCGAUGACUUCCUGUCUGGACGAUCGGGCUUCGGCAACUUGCCCGGUUUUGGAAACCUUCCCGGAUUCGGAGGCAACGUGCCUGGCUUCGGCGGCAACUUCCCCGGAUUCGGCGGCAACCGUAGGAGAAAUUAAGCACUCGCUCUUGCCUCCUGAGUCCUCUUCGGACGCUCUUGCACUGUACCUCACCAUCGACUCUUCUUCAACGCACUCUGGGUGCCCUGUGUCUCCCCCUCCUCCUCACAUGCCUUGAAGCCUGCACUGUGGAACGAGGACUUCUUCUGAACUCUCCUCCAUGAAUGUUUUUCUCCGACAUCGGAACCAUUGCCCACUCUGUAUCUCAAACCAUUCUUCUGUUGGGCCUUUCUGCAAAUCUUUGUAUUCCCCUCGUCUUCCGAAAGCCUUUUCUAAAGCACCAAAGAAUUCGAAAAAAAAAGUAAGCUGUGCAACUUCGCGUAAAGUCUUGCUAGCCACGCAUUCCGGACCACAUGAGCACCGUUUUUCGGCUGCCUACUUGAUGUCGCAUAUUUUCUAAAGUAGCUGUCAUACGACGUAACAAACUUCUGCCAAAAAUAAGGUACCCCCUUUUUUUUGUUUUGCUGCGCUGCUCCUUUUGAGACUAUAUACAGGGUAUUAUUUAACCACGUGAUUUUCGCGAUUACUGUGUAUUUUGAAAAGUCAGACGCGAAUUCAAUCGUUGCAUAUUCGGAGCGAUUUCUGCAUUUUUUAUUAAAAGCUUGUAUCUCCAAUCAUGCUAUGCAAUUGUCUCUUUCAGCAACACUGGAUAUGUGGCGCUUCUUUCCGCCUGGAUUCAGAUUUUAGCUCAAACGGAUUCAAUAAAGGAGUUCUCCUUGAGAUUUC